CUGCUUUUAAUCUGUGAGCAGAAGAAGACGCUGACCAAGAAUUGCGUAAACGGACGCCAUACAGUUAGCCUUUGUAGAGCAUUAAUCGCCAUUUCGCUCCCGCUGAAGGCGCAUGAUUCUGCCGCAUUUAAAGAUCGUCAGUGAAGUGGAAGGUCCACGAUGGUGAAAAUAUUCAUCGGAAACUUGUCUCCGGACACUACAACAGAUGAACUCCGUUCCCUCUUCUCCCAGUAUGGCAAGAUUGCAGAAUGUGACAUUGUCAAGAAUUUUGGCUUUGUACACAUGGAUGACAAAGCCGAGGCUGAAGAAGCCAUCCGCAACCUCCACCAUUAUGAGCUGAAUGGUCAGCCUAUGAAUGUCGAGUUGAGCCGCGGCAAGUCAAGAGGAUCCACCAAGCUACAUGUUGGCAACAUAGCCUGCACCAACCAGGAGCUAAGGGCCAAAUUCGAAGAGUUCGGGACUGUGUUGGAGUGUGACAUAGUGAAAAACUAUGCAUUCGUUCACAUGGAGCGGAUGGAGGAUGCCAUGGAGGCCAUUAAUCAGUUAGACAACACUGCCUUUAAAGGCAAACUGAUGAGCGUGAAGCUUUCAACUAGCCGCCUGCGUACUGCGCCGGGAAUGGGAGACAGAUCGGGUUGUUAUCGUUGCGGGCAGGAAGGCCACUGGUCCAAAGAGUGCCCUCUAGACCAAAAUGGCUACCACAGAAACGGCUCAGAGCCAAAGUCUGAUGGAUACGAUGCCUCGAGUUUCGGCGGGCGUGGUCGCAGCAGGGGUUAUCAUCCGGGCUUCAGUGGCGAACCGGAAUAUGGUGGCGGCUAUGCUCCUGUACAUGGUAUUUCCCGGGGUUCUGGUCACAGCAAUAUGGCGGGGUACCGACGGGGUGCAGGCUACGAAAGUGCAAUGAGAUAUGGGCCGCAUCCAGGUUACGGCAUAAAUGCUAUGGCUGACCAUAGCAUGGCUCGGAUGUACGGCAGUGAGGCGGCAUACAGGAGCAACGGUUCACUCUAUGGCGCGGUACCAGCCUACCCGGUGCGACGGUCGCCUUAUGACGAAAGGGAUCCGUACGGUGUCGUGGACUACUACGAGAAGUACAGGGCCAAUUCGUACGGAGGCAGUUAUUUCGAGGAACGCCGCGCCGUGCCCGUGCCUGCUCCAUCAACAUCUACAUCCACGCCGAUAAUGAGGGAACGUCUGCCCCCCUCUAACCAUGACCCUUACGAGUGCCCUCCCCUCCCUCCUCCGCCAGCCCCAGUCUCCUCAUACUACGCACGUGAGCGGAGUCCGAUUCGGAGAGUAACUGCUGAGGCAGAUGGAUACUCAUAUGAGCGUUCGCGCCUUUCCCCAGUGUCCACUGUCCAAAGAAGUGCUACCUAUGACCACCCGCGGGAUCCCGCCGCCGAACGGGCUCGCUAUACAUACUAACCCUUUUCCUUUUCAGCCAGGUGAGAAGUGACUGACUUUAGGUGUGAAACAGAUUAAAGUCAGCGCUCCGUCCUUGUGAAGCAUGUAGAUACUAAGAACAAGUCUACAUUUAAGCUUUGCCAACAAAACUGCCACUUUUUAGGUUUCACUGAAUGAUUGAAUGCAUUCACAUUAUGCUAUGAUUUCAUUCCAACCUAUACUUAAAAGUGCUGUACAACUAGAAUUGUUACCCACUUUUCAUUGUCUUAUUGAUGUGUUGUUGUUGCAGUUCUACAUGGCUAAGCCUAAGUGUGGAAGUGCAAAUACAGGGGUUUUUUCUGCAGCUUUGUUGCUAUUCAUUGAUAGUGAUGAUCGUGUAAGAUCACAUUUCCUCUGAAAGUAGCUAUAUUAUGUAUAUACUAUUUAGUUUCAGUAGUAGGAGAAUCUUAUUUGUGCAUGAUGCAUGUUUUAAAGGCGAGUCAUUGUUCCCAUUGAUUUCUUUUCAGCCGCUCAGUGUAGUAUGUGCAUUUUAAAUAGGUUUGUGUUUACCUAUGUUCAAGCUAUUACUGCAUAUGUGAAACAAUGUUUAGAUGAACAGAAAUGCUGAAUAUUUUUAUCAGCUCUGUUGUUUAUCCUGUGGGCUUCUAUGUAAAAUCUGUAAUGAAUUUAGAUUUUCACAGAUUUCUGCUUUGUGAUGUUUUUGACAGUAGACAUGCUUUUUAUUUUUAGUGUUAUGAUGAAUACACGCUUUCUCAUUCCCAACAUAUGUUGCCUUUCCUGUCUAUUAAUUUGACCUUCUAUUAGUUUCAAAAUAAAAUCUGUUAUAACUUUAAAA